GGAGUCUGAAUCUAAAGUCUGAACUGGGGCGUACUUUGGUCAUGAUCUCUCUCCUAUUGAGGCACUUCCAAGUAAGUCCAAAUCCGUUUCAGCUUCCAGCCGACCAAACCCGUCUAUAUAUAUGGCCAGUUAGGGCCUCCGGAGGUGCAGAAAGGAAAGAGAAGAGAGUGCUCCAAAUCUGAUAGCGAUGCCUUUGCUGCCGAGCUCGACGCCGCUGAACCGGAUGGCGGAGGAGAUGGUGGACCAGUACCACAACCCGGAGAUCGGACGGGGCCGGUGCGGAUCGUUCCACGUGCAGCACGUUGCGGCGCCGGCCGCGGCGGUCUGGUCCUUGGUGCGGCGGUUCGACCGGCCGGAGCUCUACAAGCAGUUCGUGCGGACGUGCGCGCUGCGGGCCGGGGACGGCCGGGCGCCAGGGAGCGUGCGGGAGGUGCACGUCGUGUCGGGGCUUCCGGCGGAGACGAGCACCGAGCGGCUCGACAAGCUGGACGACGACCGCCGCAUUAUCCGGUUCACCAUCGUAGGCGGGGACCACCGGCUCAGGAACUACCGAUCCACCACGACGGUCCACGACGGCGCGUCGGCCGGGCGGGCUGUGGUGGUGGAGUCGUACACGGUGGACGUGCCGCCGGGGAGCACGGAGGAGGAGACGUGCGUCUUCGUGGACACCAUCAUUCGGUGUAACCUCAGGUCCCUGGCCCGUGUCGCGGAGAAAAUGACCCGAUCCUUAUCCAACGGCUGAAAUGCGUCCUCAGUUCUCUCCAUUCCAUUUCCUGCAAGUAGAUGGUGCUAAACGUAUGUGCCUAGGUUUUGUUUGGGUUUAAAUUUUAAAGAUAUUUUGGUCUAAUCGGUUGGAAUUGAUAAAUGAGUCGUCGAUCAUGGCCGUCUGAUCCGUGUCCGUUUCAUGGAAGCCCUUGUUUCGGCCCCGCUAAUGGACUGGAGCAGAAGCACCAAAAGGGGCUGCAGUGAUAAAAAAAGGCUCUGGUUAGGGAUUCAAGAUC